AUGCGGUGCAGUGUUAAAAAUUGUACAAGUGAUACUAAAGUUCGAACAAAAAGUCAUGGAAUAACGUUCCAUUUGUUUCCGAAAGAACCGAAUCUGCGUUCAGCUUGGAUAGAGUCCUUGCAUAUGGAGGACUUUGAGCCCAAAGAACGCAGUACCAUCUGUUCGGAACAUUUCAGUACCGAUGACUUUUAUGAAACAAAAAAUGGCCUGAGGAAGAUCAAGGUUGGAGCCAUACCCAUUGCAGACAUUGAUUCAGAAGAUUUAGAUGCUCCAGCGGCUACACGUGUCUGUCGAAUAUGCCUUGCAAUCGAUGUGAAGAUGUACGAUUUGUCUUCCAAGUUGGGUGAAGCGUACAACCAGAUUACCGGCAUAAUAUGGGCUGAGAGGGAUAGUAUGCCUCAGAAAUUUUGCUGGGAGUGCGCGGGCAGAUUGAAUUCGUGUUACAAAUUUUUCAAUAAAGCUUUGAGAAGUCACAAGUUAUUGCUCGGGGUACUGCAGACUAAUUCGUAUUUGCGUGUUAAAGAUAUAAAAAAUAUUAGUAGGGUAACCAAUGAUCUCAAAUCGAAUCUCGGACAAGAUUUCUUUCAAAACAAUGAAUGUGAAUUGUGUUUACAAGAAAAGAACUUGCAAGAAGAGUCUAUAAAAGAAGAGAAUCUGGGACUAUGUAUUGCGGAACCUCUAGAUGCUGGAAUGCCAUUAGUAACAGUCGAAAUAAAAAAUGAAGAAAACGACAAUUAUUACGAUGAGUUAGCUGACCAUUUUAAUGAUUCUGAUGAUAAUUUGAAACUUAGUGAGGUGGCUGUUGUCGAUAAAAUUGAUAUCGAUAAAACUAAUGACAAACCUAAAGUUAAAGUAAAGAAGAAAAAAUUGAAGGCCGAGAAAGAGAGGAAGAAGGUUAAAGAGAGACGGAAGAAUGAUGAAGAUGAAAAUCCGUCGUCUACUAUGGAUAAGUAUAAAACUUCAGAUGUCAAAAGAAGAAAAAGCGACGGCUUAGACGAAUCAUUAUUUAAUAUAACCACUUUAUCUUAUGAGGAGCAGAUAGCUGAAAUACAGAAGCGUCAAGAGAGCUAUUCUUAUAAGAGUGCUAUUUACAAAUGUACUAUAUGUUACAGAGGGUUUUUAAUUAAAGAUAGAUAUGACGCUCACGCAGUCAGACAUAGUGAUCAAAGCGGUGCAUACGAAUGUUUCAUAUGCAAAACUAGACUGAAAACCGGUCGAGCACUACGUAAACAUCUAACGGCUCAGCAUACAGAGAAAUUCAGUUGUAAAGGUUGUCCGUUCGUCACUAGAAAUAGAGGUGUGGCGAGGGAGCACGAGAAAUGGCAUGCGGGUACUAAAUAUCAAUGUCCACAUUGUCCCAGUGAAUUCGAUAAGCUGACUACGUAUAUGGGUCAUAUAAGAAUCAAACACGUAUCCGACUUUGUUUGCGAACUGUGCGGCUUUACGUUUGUCAGCAAGAAAGGGAUAGAUGUACAUAAGAAGAAGAAACAUAGACUGUCUGAUAAAACUGUACCUUUGGAAGGUCCAUAUUGUUGCGUUUGUGACGUCACAUUCGUAUCAGAAGAAGCGCAUUCUAGACAUCUGAAGUUAUCAUCGAGACAUAGUAGCGACAAUGAUCCCAAUCGUAUAAGGAACGACUCGCAGAGUAUAAACACGGAACGCAACGGACGCGUAAUGAGGAAGAUAGAACGUAGACCGGUCGUUAAUCCUAAAGACCCGAGUGAUCGGGACAAGAGACCUGAGCCCGGGGGACCUGUCACGUGUGAACAGUGUGGUAUACAACUUCGUGACUUAAGAUUAUACGCACAACACUUUAGAAGAGCUCAUCCGGAUAAGAAUCGGACCAAAUAUCCGGCGAUGAAGACCCCGUGUAUGUGCGAGCAGUGCGGCAGGAUAUUCCAGAGCAUGGCUCUCCUAAAAGAUCACAUGUGGGUGCACACCGGUGAAAAAAGAUUCAAAUGCUCGUCCUGCGAUAAGAGUUUCACGCAGAAAACUAAUCUCGUGUUCCACAUGAGAGUGCACAGUGCACAAAGGCCUACGUACGAGUGUCCACUGUGCGGGAAACACUUCGCCUUCUUCAAUAACAGGAGGCGGCACAUGUUCAUCCACACCGGCUUGAAACCCUUCAAAUGUGAUACGUGCGGUAAAUGUUUUACUACUUCGGGGGAGCAGAGAGCUCACGUGGAACAUGUACAUUUGAAGAAACCGUGGCCCAAACGAGCUAGAGGCCAGAGACAAUCUAGAGAUAUGCAAGAGGACUGGCAUAAAUGCGCCAUGCAGCAUAUGGAAGAUUGA